CUGGGGACCUAGCGCCUGUCCAGAUCCUUGCGAGUCGCGCCCUGCGACAAGCGAUCGCGAGUCAAAACACUGGCGUCUUCACAAAAGGAAGCGUAAUAGAAGAAGAGACUGCUCCUGAUGGUCAUGCUGGUGUAUUUUUUAAACAGAAUAUUUUUAUUAAAGAUGACGAAGUUGGAGUGCCUCCACUAGACCUGUCACAUCUUCGUGUAAUGCCGCUUAAGUUGGUACACAAAAGACCCGAAAAGCCCGAGAGUGAAGACUUGACGGCCGAAGUCUCUGCUUUGAAUCGUCCACCCUCACGCAACGAAUUCGGGAGUGACUUGACAAACGAAAGGCUAGAGCGAUUCAUGCGUGGCACAACAACGACCACGGGCACGACUAGACAAAGCAGAACAGCCGAGAGCAGACUUUCGCCUUUACCGACUGCAGGUGUUUACUGAUUCGUCUUGCAAUACAAGUGGUGAUGAGUAUUAGUCUUGCUUCUAGGUAGUGCCUACAGUCCCUUCAAUCUAUAGUUUUUAUUGUGUGACAUUGAGCUGUGUACUUUUCUUUCAGUUAUUUGUAUUAAAUAUUAGCUUUCUUUCUUCUUGCCGUUACCUAGUGGCCUCAGCUAUCUAAGUAAUUGUGGUUCACUUACUGCUGUGACUAACUUGAGUAGGUAGUUAACUGGUUUGCUUGUAGCAGAGAGCAGACUUUCGUCUUUACCGACUACAGGCCGCGUUGUGCAUUUAGGUUCUGCCACAGCUUCUGCCAGGAACCAAAGUGUAGCUAUUAGUGGCCUGAAGCACACAACUACAAAAAAAGGGCGUCGUGACCAACCGUUGCAUGAGUAUCUGCCAGGAGCAGAGGAUGUCCUGGGACCAUUUGGGCAGACUCGCAAACCUGCAAGUGCAGCCAAGAGGCUAGAGGAGUCUAUUGCGUCUCACAUUUCGAAAGAGCUCAACCGACAUCCCGAGGCAGCGGUGAAGAUUCUGCGCAAACUUCUAGCAGAGAAAGGUGUCAUGACUGCAUUUGGCCAAGACGAACUGGAUAAAAAUUAUAGUACCUUGUUGGAGGAACAAGCGCAGCUACAUCUUCAUGUACAAGGAGAAACGACUAAGAAGAGUGCUCUUGGCUUAAUUACGGAGGACGAAGAAGAUGAGGACCAAAGUAAUGAGAUGGAACUAGGAUCGGAGAGUAGCAGGUCGCGAGGAAGUGUGCUCGAAAGGACCAUGCUUGAGGCAUCGAAAAAGUCGAAAGCACAAGAGGGUUCCCCACUCGAGGAGGACAAUUCUUCUGCAGAUGGAGAAAAUGUAAAUGACAGCACUCUAGUUGUACUUGGGAAUGCGAACAAUAGAAGUACUCAAGAACAUAUCAUGCUUGCUGGCGAAGAGGAAGAUGCUGAAAAUGACGCUUCUGGUGAAUCUACGGCAGGCGCAGGACAACAUCGAGCAGGCAGUAAAAAUAGUACGAGAAAUAGUACUACGUCUCUGCGGAAGAAGUCGAAGUCGUCCUCAAGAACGUCCGCUGCUCAGCCGAAUGAUUACAACCCCAGUAACUUCGUGAAAAGUCCCAGCUUGAUCGUGGAAGAAGAGCAUGUGGUUCGGAAAUCGAGUACAACUAAGAGUCCCAGCUUGAUCGUGGAAGGAGAACCCGCGACUCGAAAAUCAAAGAAGUCAGAGAGAGAGUCUGCUGAGAAUUCGGUUCGAAAAUCAAAGAAGUCAGAGAGAGAGUCUGUUGCUGCUCUAAAUGCUAGAAAGAGCAGGACUAGUACUAGAACGAGCCUUGAAGAUCUGAGGAAGCAAGAACAACAAGAAGAGGUGCGCUAUUCUGACAGGACGCAGACGGAAAAAAAUUCCAUACGCAGAAGCACCAGAGGCAGCGAAAAUCGCAACAGUAAAAUCUCUAUCCCGGAGCUUACGAUUAUCAGUCGCAAGAGCAGCACCAACAGACAGAGCAAUAUUGACCCCGCGGAAACGAGGACGUCAGAAAGGAGAAGUGGCGUGGC